AUGUACCGGAUUUAUUUUGAAACCUAUUCUGCUCACUACAAAAUCUAUAAAUGUAAUAGGAGACAUGUACAUAAUUCGUUGUUCAUUAACUUUGAUGUUAAAGAAGACAGAGUGGAUUGUGUUGCGCUUUUUAAUACGAUAAUUAUGAUCACUCCUAAUGAAAUUCAACACAGUCGAAACGUGAAUGCAUUCCAAUCUGUCGCAACAAAUUUAUAUCACUCUAACCCUGCAAAAAUGGCUGCUAUUACUGCUACUCAAUCGCAUUGUACUAGACCAUCUUCUGUACCUGGUUGUUUUGCACAUAGAGAAGAUUUCAGUGUUUCCAUAAAAAAUCAAUUAUCUCCUGUAAACUCUGAUAACCUAUCUCCAUAUGGUAAAAUUAGCCCAAUCUAUCAGUUGUCUUUAUCACCACCACCACCACCUAUCAAUACGUGCAAUGAAGAAUAUAUUUCGCCUGAUUUAAAAGAUUCAGCAGUUAAUCAUGAAAUUCCCCAAAAGGAUUAUGUACCUACGAAUUCACCUCAGUCCACUCUUGUUAUUUCAUACUCAGGCAGAGAGGGUUGUAUGCCUUCUCCAUUUCAUCAUCAUCAUCAUUCAAAUUCCCCUCAUUGUUUGCGUAAUUCAUCAGUAGUAGUCAGCAAUUCGCCUCCUAAUAAUAACAAUAAUAAUAAUAAUUCAAUUGAAAAUAACAAUGUAAUUGAUCAAAACAGUAGUCAUCACAGUGAUACGAAUGAAUCGCUAGUAUUAUUUGACUUCCCUAAAUUAUUGACAAAAUCUGAUGGAAGUUUUAUUGUGAAUUGGCCAACCGAUGUUAUUCUACCAAAGAACACUGAAGGACAAGAGAUUUGGAAUGAUGAUCAUCAACUACACUUGAUAAAUGUUGUUAUUAUAACUGUGGUUGAUCAAAAUGGACAAAUAUUAUAUUAUGAAAAAAACCUAUCAAAUCGACAGCACAAUCUUUGCUUAAAAACUACUGACGGCGACGAUGAUGAAGAUGUUUUUGCUGAGUUAAAAAUUGGUGACAGUUGGAGUAGUAGCAUACAAGAUGAUGAUUUAACAAUUUGGAAGGAGCAUACUUCGAAAAUAUUUCAUGAAGCAUCACGUUGGUUCAAUGCCCGAAAUGCUUUACUUGAACAAAAUCUCCUAUCAAUCCAAAAUGACGAUAGUACGAUAAGUAAUCAUGAUCAACAAACAAAUUCUAAUAAUAAUAACUUAAUUUCUGCAGAAAAAAACUCUUGCAAUCGUCAUUUAUUCGAUUGUCCUAUAUAUCGUAUGAGAUUUGGUCAAAAAUGGUUUAAUGUGCAUACGUUUAGUUUACCUGUGAAUCGUUGUUGUAUUAAUAAUAACAAUAACAAUAAUUCACGCCUUUUACAAUCAUCCAAUAUGUCAUUAUGUGAACUGUUUGUAGUACAUUAUCAUAAUGUUCUUUGUGAGUAUGAUCAGAGUGUAGAAUCGACUGGUUCCAAUAUAGCACAGUGUACUGUGUCUAUGAAUUCAAUCGGAACAGAUUGUCCUAAUUCUCAUUCAUCUACAUGUGAAGAACCGACAUUGUCACAUUUAGUCACAUCUACUAUAGAUAACAAUCAUCGAAUUGGUGAAUUGUCCAGUAGUGAUAAUAAAAAUCUUUCUGUUUCCAGUAGUAAUACUUGUCUUUCACAUACCAAUUCACCGGAUACAUCUGUUGCUGCUGCUGCUGCUGGUGAUAGUAGUGGUGAACGGACAUUAGUCUUCAAGUUGACUUCAUCGCCAUCAUCCUCUCGUGUAUUAUUACCUCAUCAUCAUCAUCAUCAUGUUCACCUUACACAUCAUCAUCACCAUCAUCCUAGUGAGAUUGAUGAUGCAACAACCACACUAACAUCAACUAUUAACAAUAAUCCAUUGUCAAAUCCUAAUCAUCGUCAUCAUGAUCAUCACCAUCAUCAUCAUUAUGUCCGUCAUCAUCAUCAUCAUCAUCCACCGGAUAAUAUAACUUCUCAUGAUUCACCUCAAUCGGUAAUCAUUUCUCAUUUUCCUCAUGACAAUUCUUUCGGAGAGCAAUCUACCGAGUCUGCUGAUACAUCACAUAGACAUAUGCAUGAUCAACGAAACAUCAAUGUAGAUAAUGUUGAUUGUUGUGAUUCAAUUGUUGUUCAUCAUAACGAUUCAAUGAAUUACCCGUCAUUAUCUUGUCGAACAAUUACAAAUCAUGAUGAAUGUCAACCUUCUCACCUCUUAGAUCCAUCACAUCCUCAUCAUCAUCAUCAUCUUCACCAUCACCAUCAUCAUCAUCCACUUAUUCAUACUGGAGAACAUUUACACCAUGUGAAUUAUCAUCCUUGUUCUUCUCAUCAGAACGAUAAAUCAACGCUAACCGAGUUUGUACCUACAUCUUCAUCGUCGUCAUCAUCAGCAUCAUCUUCCAUUAUGAAAUCUAAUUCAUCGGUUCUUGGUUUGAAUAGAUCAAAGUCACAAUCUCAUUCAGAACAUUCGUCUACUACAAUGCCAUAUGAAAAUGUUAAUAUGAUUGGAACAUUCUGUGAUAAUAAUAAUAAUAAUAAUAAUAAUAAUAGCAAUUCAUUACUAUCGGAUUUAAGUAGUGAUUCAGUAGUAUAUGAACAUGGUGAUACAACAACAUUUGUACCCUCGAAUUGUAAUGACGAAUUUCAUAGUCAUUCAAAUACUUAUCAUUACAAUAGAAAUAAUAAUAGUGAUAGUGAUAAUAAUAAUAAUAAUAACUGUACUAGUAUUUAUUCAACUGAUCAUUCUCGCUUAUUACGUCAGAACAAUGAAAUUAUUAACUCGGGUAAACAGAGUUCUAAUGAUGAUAAUCCUUCAACUGUUGAAAGUUUUCAUAAUCCAUCAACAAAAAAUGAUACUGUCCAUGGUCAAUCAAUGCAUACAGAUCGUCAGAAUGAUAGUUGCAGUGUAAAACAAAGAUCAUUGAAUAAAAAUCAAUACGAUAGACGAAUUUUAAUGUUACAACAUCUUUUACCACCGCAAGCAAUACAAGAAAUUCGUCAAAUAUGGCAAGAAAUGAAUAAACUAACUAAAAUUGAUACAGAAAUCUCCAGAUCCACAAAUGUAACAUCAAUUCCUACUACUCCUGCUACUGCUACUCUUGCAGGUGCUACAAAUCUUCACUCUUCAUCUCAUCCUCCUCCUUCUAAUAAUGUAUCAUCAAAUAUUGUUGUACGUGAAAGUUUUGCUCGUCAAGUACGUCAAAUUGUUCGACAAUAUCUUGGGCCUAAAGCAUUUAGCACAGAUAAUUUUACAUCUGUAACUCAUUCUCGCUUAAUCAUGGAUUCUGGUUUGAAAACAACAACACCAACACCAACAACUAAUAAUAACAAUAAUAAUAAUGCUGACGAAGAUGAUGAUGACGAUGAUGUUGUUAUGGUACAAUUGGAUAAUAAAAAUCAACAAUCCUCUUCCAUGUUAAUCGAUUGUGAUGAACUGCCAAAACACUCCACUUCCAAUUCUACUGCCAAUGUCAUUGAAGAAACGAACAAUUCUUUUACUACUAGUUCUAUUGUUUUGUCGACCACAACAACAACAACAACAAUACCGUCUACUACUUCAUCAUUAUGUGGUAUUCGUGAUACAACAACAUCGCCUACAUCGGAAAUGUUCUCAUCUGAAAUGUCACACAACCUAGUUCGUAAUAAUAAAACUACUGCGAGUGCUGUGGACACUACUGAUUCAAGUGUUGUAUGGCCUAAUGUGACAGCCACUAGUGUCACUUCAUCUAAAAUUACUAAUAAUACAAAUCAUGAAGUGUCUACCACACCUUAUAGUGGAACAGUAUGCAAUAGUAGUAGUGGUAGUUCAUCAUUACCAUCCUGUAUAAAACAAACAGAUCAACGAAUUGUUUCACAGUCAAUUGAUAAUAGUGGUGAUAAUCUUCUCAGUGAAACUCCAUACACUUCAUCUAGCAGCAGUACUACUAGUAGUAAUAGUAGUGAUUUACCGCGAGUAUCAACUAAUUCACAAUGUUGUAUGCUUGAAUGGUUAUUAUCAGAGGAAGCAGAUCUUUGCAUACUACCACCAUCAUUAUGUUCAUCGAAAAAUGACGAUAAACUACAGCAGCAGCAACAGUCAACUUCUGGAAUUUCGUCAGUAGUAACAUCAUGUUGUCAAUUACCUGCGUCUAGUCAACAAAUACACCAUUUACAAUAUAGCGGCGGUUGUUCACCUAACACUACUAUAACAGAAAAAGCUUACAGUCCUAUCUCAACAUCAUCAUCAUCAUCAUCAAUGUGUCAGCAGAAAUUUCAUCAUGAACGUUCAUUAUUAUCCUCUAAUCAUAAUGGUUCAUUGAUGAUGAUGACGACGACUACUACUACUGUUGGUACUACUAGUACUAGUACUACUACUACUACUGUUACUUCAUCAACCAAUUUGCCGUACAUUGAAAUUCGUUCAGCAUCAUCAUCAUCAGCGUCUGCACAACCACGAACUGAAAGUUUAUUAGUUCGUCUAUUGCAUCCAACAAAAAAUCAUACUAUUGGACAUCAUAACACAGAUAUGAAUACUACUUAUGAUGUAGGAGGACAUUUAUCGAAGUUCGCUUCUUCAACAUUGCUGUCACGUUCUGUAGCAACAACAACAAUAACACCAACCUCUCAAUCUAUUCCAGAAACAAUGGAUUUUAACACACCUAUUCUAAUUACAAAUACUCCAAGUGAUAUUAACAAUGUGGUUGUUGUACAACGACAAUUAAUUGACAAUAGAAAAUCCGAUUGUCGAUUAUCGAUUGCUGUUUCUUUAGAUAAUCUUUGUAAUAGUCACCAGCCGACAAUGAAUAAUACUACCACCACUAGUAAACGAUGUCGUAGCGGUCCUGUCACUACAACACAAUCCAUUUUAUCACCUUCCAAUAUACCACCAUCAACCGGUAAUAAACGUACACGACAUGCAUCACAAUUUGAAGAACCUCUUCUUCCUCAUCUACCUGCUCCGCCUGUUCCACCUGCUUCCUCUUCACUAUGUACAAGAAACAAUUCUGGUACAUCGGAUCAUCUACAUCAGAAUGAUGUAAUUCCUAGUCCACCGUUUACAUCAUUAACACAAUUACUGUUACAAGAUUUUCCAUUAGUCUCAGAUAUGAUGUUAUAUUCGUCAAUGGAUAAUUCUCCCAAGUACACUGGAGUAAAUGAUGAUGAUGAUGAUGAUUAUUAUCCUUGUAAAUCGAUUAAAUCUUCUUCCUCAUGUCUGACAAAUGAACAAAAUUAUGCACAUUUUCAAUCUAAUCCCAUGAUGAUGAUGAUAACCAAUGAAGAAUCUACAAGAAGAAAUCAAGAUCUAUUCACCAAUGCCAAUAAUGUUGUUGCUUACAGUCAACAUCUACCGCUGCCACCGGCGUCUUCUUCUUCUGCCUCGUCGUCUGAUCCACCUAACGAAAACACCUUAUCCACACUGUCUUGGUCAACCUCAGCGCCCAACUCUAAUAUCCAGUCAAAAUUAGAUAAUAAUGAUAAAUAUCUUGUAAUGAAAAUCAGUAAACAAUCAGAUAUCAGUUGUAAUUCUAAUUCUAUUAAUAAUUCAAUGCCUGGACAAUCGAGUUUAUGUCAAUUAUUAUUAAAUGCUCAAUUAGAACCAGAUGAAAUAACAUGUGCUGUAGCAAAUGUAGAAUACAAUUCAAAUUUGCCAUUGAAUUGUUGUGAGACUACUUAUUCUACAAUGAAUAAUUAUUCGACAAUUAGUCAUACUGAUAAAAACAAUGAACAAACUAAUUUACAAUUCACAUCGACUGUGGAUAACAAUCAAUCGUUCAGUAAAUUACUUGCUAGUAAUACUAGUAAUACCAAUAGUAGUUGUGCUGAAACAUCCUCCUCCACCUCAAUACUAGCACCAGCGCCACCACAACCGCUACCCACAUCGUCCUAUUCAAUAGCUCCAGUCGAAUGGAAUGAUGACGAUCUGCAACAGUUAAUCCAUGAAGCAAUCACUAAUCCAAAUGAGACGAUAUUAGAUGAAAAUAAUAAUCCCCUGAGUACAUGUUCACCAUGUUCGUCUUCUUCAUCAUCACUCUUGCCUAAACGACAUCCAUCGACUACUUCAUCGAAAGAGAUAUCUGAAGAAGUGGAGAUUCUAUGCGAGAUAUUGAGACGUGAUGAAUUGGAAAGAAGUAGUCAACAUGUUGAUCAUUGUGAUACGACUACUACUACUAAUAGUAGUAGUACAAAUAGUACUGCUACUACUACAGAGGCCGGUAAUAAUAAUAAUAAGUCCUUAUCAUAUUUAAGUGAAUCACCCAGUUCUAAACGAUCCCGUUUCUCUUCAUCCACAUCCAUGUCGGAUCAUCAAACAGACACGGUGAUCAAUGAUGAGAAUGCUGUAGUGGUUGUUGGAGAUGGUGAAUUGAUUAAUUAUCUGGAAGAAGAUGAUGUGAAUUGGCAAAAUGAUGCUAAAGCAGUUGCACGUAUCUGUGAACAAUUACAACAAGGUUUGGUGACAGAGAAAUUGCCAGUCACAUUAGUGAAAAACAACAGCAACACUAACACUGUAACAGAAUUAUCUGGUUAUUCUUCGAAAAUGAACAAUACUAGUUAUACUUCUACCUCAUCUAAUAAUGUUUCGGAUUAUUUAAUUAAUCAUCGAAAUGAUAUGUCAGUGAAAUAUACUGCUCCAGCGCCAAAUCCAGCAAUGACUAAUUUAAUGACUACAACUUGUACAACAUGGUCAACAACUUAUUCACAUCCAAUGACAAAUUGUACUAAUCAACGUACUGUACUAUUACAACGUCGUCAUCCUAGUGGAAAUAAUCAGCGUACUGCCACUACUCCUACUGCUGCUAUUGUCACUACCACUACCACUACUACUACUACUCCUACAAAUGUUGUCAAUAAAGCCGCUGUAGCUGCUGCUUUAGCUAGUCAACAAGCUGCAGCAAGUCAACGUAAUCAAUUGACACAUCAACGUCUUUUAGCUGAACAACGUAAACGUCUUAUUCAACAUCAAUUAUACAAUCAAGUUGCUAUCUAUUCACUCAAUAAUCCAUCGACAACUCAUCGAACUGCUUUAUCGAAUUCCGAUUGCAACUCACAUAUGAUGAAUACAUUUUUUGUCAAUGAAAAUAUUUACGGUAUACAAAAUCUUUCUUCGUCUGCAUCUUCAAACACUCUUCCUGUUAGUAAUAAUAAUAAUAAUCAUAAUCAUAAUAAUCCAACUUAUCAAUUAUUACAUGUUAUGCCCAAUAAAUCAAUUAAUCGAAAAUCUUUACCACUAGAUACUACUCAUACUUCCAUAAGUAGUAGUAGUAUGAGUAGUGGUACACAAAAUUUCAAUACAAAUUUAUUAAAUUUAAAUGCUACUACAGUGAAUUCAUUAAAUUCAUCUGCAUUCAAUAGUGGAACAACAUCAAGAGGUGGUAAUUUUCAUCCUCCUCCUCCUCUUCACCAUCAUUAUCAACAUCCUCCAGAGGAUUUAUCUCGAUAUUUAAAAGAAGUUGGUCCAAAUAUACAAGUACAACUUUCUUAUUCAACUCCUACAAUGGAUAAUCAUCAGUUGAGUAGUAAUAAUACUAGUAGUAGUAGUACAACACAUCAACUUUCUCAUGGCUAUUCCACAUUACAUCAUCCUCAUCAUAAUGCAACAAUACGAAUGCAGAAACCAUCGAUCAAACAUCAAUUAGCAACGACAACAACGACAACAACAACUAAAACAUCAGCUGUAACAACUGCUACUACUACUACUCCAUGUACGCCAAUACUAUCAUCGUCAUCAUCAUCGUCCGUAGAACAUAAUGCUCAAACUAGUUUACUACAACAAUCAGGUAUGAUUCAUUCAUUGGCCAACAAUUCAUCAGACUAUUAUACUCAUCAGCAGCAGCAUCAUCAGCAUCAGCAUCAUCACCAAACAUCAACAAUGAGUGGUCAAGGUGGUUGUGGUAGUGGUAGUAGUAGUAAUCUGUCCAAAGAAGAAUCUCUAUUGUUAUUACAUAAUCAAAAACAUUUUUCAUUUGUGAAUAAUGGUAAUCACAAUAGUAACAAUAAUAAUCAUAAUAAUAAUCCUAAUGAUAACAGUUGUCUUGUGAAAGCAGAACUUCGUCAAGCAUUAGUUGAUCGUCAGGGUAUUUGUCAGAAGAAUUCUGUUGUUCCUGCAUGUGCCACUACUACUACUACUACUGCUACUACUACCAUUACUACAACUUCUUGUGAUAAUAAUCAUAGAAAUUUUCAAUACUCUCAGGUAUCUUCUAAUCAAUUCUCCAAUGACCCUCCUCCUCCAAUCAGUACUUAUCAAGUUGGUUCUUCACCCAGUAGUAGUACCAUGUGCUGCUCCAUAUCCUCUUCCUGUGUUUCUCGGCUACCAUUAUCGAGUACUAGUAGUAGUAGUAAUAGUAAUUUGAUAUUAACACACAAUCAAAAUGUCUAUUCGAAUUUAUCCUCAACUGGGAAUUGUUCUGAUUGGUCUAUACCUCAACCAAUUUAUAAUGUUGUACCAUUACAACAACAUCAGGAAAUCAAUUCUAAUUUAAACAAUAAUAAUAAUAAUUGUGUUUAUCCUCAAUCCAUUCACUUACUGACCAAUCAUUAUCAUCCUCCUCCUCCUCCUCCUACUGUUGUUACUCAGGUUUUUUCCACUAAUCAAAGAACUAAUGAUUGCAAAAUGAAUGCAUUUAAUUAUUUCACACAGAAUGAUACAUCAUCAUCAGCAUCAUCAUCAUCAUUCUAUUGUAAUAAUGACAAUAAUAAUAAUUAUUAUUAUUCAAAUAUUGUAUAUCCUUUAACACCACCACCUCCACCACAUCAAUUGUGUAAUAGUUUAUCACCAAUCAGUAGUGUAUCAGCAAAUACUUCACCAAGUUCCAGUACAACCUCUCAACCACUGAGUGGUGGUGCUGGCGGUGGCGGUGGCAGUGGUGGUGGUCAUUACCUUAAAUCACCGCCACCUCCUUCAUAUCCACCACCAGCACCACCACCACCACCACAGGGAUCUGUAUGUCAAUCAUCGAUGGAAUUGACUUAUUCCUCUGCUUGUUCAACAUCAUUAGACAAUUUAAUUCAUCAUUAUUAUGAAAUCACUGCAACAAAUGGAUCAUUAAUUGAUGAUGGUGAUGUUGAUGAUGAGUGUUCCACAUUUCCAACUGGUCAUCGUCGGACAUUAUCCACUACAACAAGUUCGUCGAUAGCAUCUUGUCAAUUUAAUAAUAGUCAUACAACUCAGGAUGAUAUAUCUGUUACUACUCCCACUACUCCCACUGCUACUACUACUACACUGAUUGAUCCACAUUUGGAAUCUAUAUUCCAGUCGAAAUAUAAACAUCAGUAUUAUCAACAACAACAACACCAGCAACAGCAACAAGAAGAGAAUUUAUUGCCAGAUGAUUUAAUCAAUGAUGUGUUCGAUCUUGAAAUUAUGAUUGCAACUAAGCAUCAACAGCAACAGCAGCAACUACAACUACAACACCAAUCACAGUCAAAUUAUCAUCAUUAUAAUUCGACAAAAGAGGAAUUAUCGUUUUUUCCUGAGACUACACCAUCAAGCAUUAUGAUCAAACAACAACAACAACCGCAACACAGUCAGUCGACUUUAUUGAAUUAUGGUAGUAGUUUUAAAACAUCCACAUGUCCAUCUUCCAGAUUGUCAUCUCCUUCUUUAUUGAAUGUUACAAGCCAAUCCUCCUCCUCCUCCUGUUCCACCUCCGCUAUUCAUCAUACUACUAGUGCUACUCCGCCUGAAUCUGCAGUGAUUGUUAUUGUGACAAGAUAGUUUGCUAUUUUUCCUGCUAUUUUCGUUGAGCAUAUUAUAAAUCAAGAAGAAGUGAGCGCCACUGAUGACGACAACGACAACAACAGCAACACGGAUUAUUACGUCAUCGUCAUCAUCUUCGUUUAAUCAAAUGAAUGAAUCAUUGAAGAGAAUGUCUAAUUUUUGUCUACAAUUUUAGAAAUCUAUCAAUACUUUAUACAUAAAUUGC